AUGUACUGGGAUUUCGACAUGUACUUGAAUGUUUCCCAUACCCUUGAGCGCUACGAUAAGGCUGUUGUUGGAUUUUGCUACCAUCCUCAGUUUGGACACGUUCUUCAAGAUAUGAUUGGCGCCAUUAUCGCUGUUCCUACAGAAAUCAUCAAAGAUGCUCAUAUCUUUGUCAGAUCUGAGGAAAAUCAGAUCAAACAAUUCAUGAAAAUUUUAGGAUUCGAACCAGAAAGAGUUCAUGCGUUAAAAGAAGAAUGGAUCUUCGUAAGAGACUUAUACGUAUCUGUUACAGCGUACGGAGUAUCAGGAUUACAAGUUUCUUUUAAAGAAAUGCAUGAUAUAAUUUAUAGAAACAAUAAUUUGACAAAUAUCAAGCCAACGGUCCAUAUUUUCAUUAACAAAAAUAAUAUGAACUGGGGCUACGUUAAAAAUAUGGAUGAACUCUUCAAUCUUUCGAAAAAAAUUUAUCCACAAUAUGAAUGGAUCCAAAUUUCGCCAAAUUUUGUGUUCAACGUUUCAGAAACCAUGAAACUAUUCGCAAGGACCAAGAUUUUUGUCAGUGCGACUGGUUCUUGUUCAUUUAAUAUGAUUUUCCUUCAUCCCAACUGCGGAGUACUGCUUAUUGACUCCACAAUAUGCAAUUGCCCGUGCAUAGCGAUCGCCCACACUCUGGAUAUUUGGUUUUAUUACUGUGCUUCGCCAAAUAUCAAAAGAGAUGGUCGUAGAGGCGGAGAUUUAGAUAAAAACGUGUUUAAUAAGACAUUGUAUAUGGUACUAACUGCAGCGUAUAAAGGAGAAUGGCCAAAAGAGAAAGAAAAUUCGAUAUCUUUUAUUAAUUUUAAUAUGAACAAAGUAAAGAAGCGAAUUUUCAGUGGAGAAUAUGAAAAUUGCACAACAGUCAUUGAAUAUGCCCUGAAGUUCUCGAAAUACUCAAUUGAUGGCAUUUUUCCGAAACUUCAAGAUUAUUUCGGAAAUUCUCCUUAUUUUGUUGACUUAAUUCCACCUUCUCGAUAUGUUAUGUACGGAAGAGUCCAUACACGCAACAAAGAAACGAAAAGAAAAUAA